AAACAUUUCACUUCCAUUUCAAUUCCAUUGACGAUUGUUGUGUUGUUGUGAAACCAUCAAAAUCUGCAGUCGUGCGAAAAAUUCCUUCAAAAGUCCAAAGAUGAGCUUCAAAACGAAAGAUUUGGAGAUCGUCUACAGUCUCCGAUGGAAAAAUUUACCCAAACGAGACGACAAGAAGCAAAUGAUGUCGAUUGUUGCAGUUUACGACAUUCCUGCUACCACAUUGAAUUUUGCAGUUUUUAAAAGCUAUUUGCUAAAAAACUCUGGUAUCGCCGAAGACGAUGUCAACGUCUAUUACAUCAUGGAUAAUGGCAAAGAGUACCCAAUCCAAUCUCAAACAGACUUCCAAGUGGCUCUCUACGCAUUCAGACGUAAGGCCCGCGUUGGAGAAGUUAUAAAUCUCCUCUUGGAACGAAUCUCUGAUCAAACUGCGCAAAAAAUGCACAAGCAUUCUAAUGAUGUCGAGACACAAUUCGAUUUAGAACCAACUUCUAUUUCGUCAACUUGUUGUGCUGGCAAUACCGCUCCUGAAUGGUUUCUAGCAGGAUUGGUACAGCUCAAGAAAGAACUGAUGGAAGAAAUUUCUGCUAAUGUUUCAACAGUGAUGGCGCAAACUGUUGCAGAUCUUAAAUCUUCUUGUCCUUAUAGGAUUAAGAGCAAACUUGAGAAGCGUCCCAAGAAGGUUUCAUCUCAUGGAACAGCAAAUGUGUUUGACACAAAAACUCUAAUGAGAUCUUUGAGAUACGACACCAAACUAGACAAAUUAGAACGCAAAGCUACCAAGUACCGCGAAAAACGUUCAGCUUUGCAACACAGAGAGGGCGAAGCUGGAUGUAGCAACGCGCGCAAACUGAGCGCUCUCACAGCUAAACAACGCCUAUUACAAGAAGAAAAACGUCAAAUCGAAGAAGAUUUAGAGAAAAGCGAUGAAGAGACAGUAAUGGAUGCCAAGCCUUUGACCGUACAAACCACCAUACCGCACAUGCUAGGUGGUGAACAUUACAUCCAUGAAUGGAUGGUGGAGAAUACUGGACAGGAUCAAUGGACAAGCCUAACUUCGUUGCAAUACAGUUGGGGCUCUAAGGCAUUGGUAGCUUUGAAAAAAACGAUUGCGGUCCCAUUAUUGAAACCAGGAGAAAAGGGAUUGAUUUCUGUGGCUUUUUAUAUUCCAGAGCAGCCAGGUCAAUACGAGUCCUAUUGGCAAUUUAUGCAUAAAGGACGCCGUUUUGGACAUUGGCUUGGGGUUCGUUUCAUUGUUGAUCCCUUCGAUUUGAAAAUUCCUGCUGACAAGGAAAACACUGUUCAAUUUAAAACUUCCGAAGCCAGGAAUUCGGCUGAAGCCCUGAAACCCUACUAUGAUUCCAUGGAUAUGAUUGCCAAGCAGGAGAAAAUUUUGAAGAAUGCGGCUGAUGAUUUGGCCGCUUUUCUCUCAACUGAAGAUGAAGAUCAGGUGAAACACUCUUUCACUUCAUCUGCAGAGGAUUCAGAUUGUAGUUGGACUUCAGAAACACAACGCCGACUUGUUGCAAAAGUGGAUAUGCAAAUCGAUGUACCAAUUCCUCAAUGCUUUGUUGUAGACUCACCUGAAAAACUUGAACCUACUCCCAGUACAUCUGCAAUAAAAAAAUCAGAUAGUUUCGAUGAUAAUAACAAUAAUGAUUCUGCUUCGGGAUGUACUAUUAAAAUAACAGAUGAUGAGUUGGAAAAUAUGGUUUUUGUUACUUUUCCUAAGGAUGAGUAUGCUAAAGGUGGCUUUAUUAACGUACACGUUGAUGGACAAAAAGUCCUCAUUCCAGUCAACUUGCUCAAUUCCGAAUUGGUUGAUGCUGCACAGAAAUUGAAUGAAGCAAAGUCUCCUACUCCGCCCAAAAAUGAUCCAGAUUCUGUGCCUAAGACUCUAGAAGAACCCAUCAUCCCUGUGCAAAUUGCUAACAAUGAUAACAAUGUUGCUGUGGACUUAUCCACACCAGCCAAAAACGUUCCAGAGCCGGAAGAAAAUGUCGAACAACGCAGUAAUUAUUUUGAGGCAAACAACUACAUGUCACACUGUUCAGCAGCAGGAUCUUGCUUUUCUGAAGUUAACGCCCCUAUUGAUCAACAACACAGAAUUUUUGUAUUUCCUCAAGAUAAUCCUGGCUAUGAAAUGGUGUAUCCUGUGUUGGACUUGAACAAUCCCGAACAGCCUACUUUGAUUGAGAGGCCUGCUGAACAAGUAUUGGUUCCGCAACAAGUAACAGUAAAUCCUUUUGUCGAAGCCGUGCCGAAUUUCCAGCAAUUACCGCGCGAAAUACCUCAUAAUGCCAUCACAGAACCAGCAUUGGCUGCUUCAGCUCUGCUUUCCUCUUUGGGAAUAACCCCUGGGGUAAGCACUCCAAUUGUUUUCCAACAAAAACAACCACAACCAACUAGAGUUGCUCCUACUCUGGAAGCAACUGCAUCAGCUGCAACUGCACCAGCUGCAAGUGUACCAGCUGCAACUGUACCAGCUGCAAGUGUACCAGCUGCAACUGUACCAGCUGCAACUGCGCCAGCUGCAACUUCACAGGUACACAUUCUUCCAGAAACAUUAGUCAACGGCGCAGUCAAUGUGGCUGCGACCGCAAUAAGCACUGCCCGAUCUGUUAUUAACAUGAUUAGGCCUCAGUCUCCUGGAAGAUGGGUGAACGGCCAUUGGGUGAGUGCCAAUCCACAAUCACCCAGAGAAGCUAAUCUACAAGCCCUAGCCGAAAUGGGUUUUUGGAAUCGCGAUCUGAACGCCACCCUUUUGGCGAGGUUUAACGACGAUCUGAAUCGUGUCGUGGCUGAAUUGGUCCAAUAAAUAUUUGCUUAUUGAAAUGCAAUUUAUUAAUUUUUUAAUAUUAAUAUUUUAUAAGUAUUCGUUUAGUGGGUGUUUUCUAUGAGGCACGGGCCCUAUUACUGGUCCAAUAAAUAUCGGCUUCUUGAAAUACACUUUCUUUUUUUAAAUAUUUUAUAUUCAUUUACAUAUUAGUUUUUUUUUAGUAGGUAUUUAGUUAGUAGGUGUUUGUUCUUUAUGGGGGUAAUUAACAAUAAUAUAAUUGAAUAAGUGCCCCUUGAUCUUAUUAGGUCUCUGCAGAAAUCCCAAACCAGUCAGAGUCAAUUUCAUUAGUUCUUUUCACGUGGCUCCGGUUUAACUAACCGGGUUACAAAACGGUCAGAGAAAUGACAUACCGUUUUCCGGUUACAAAGUGACGUGUGGAUACCUACCACUCGAAUUUGAGCGGUAUGUUGCGGUUUGUUAAACCAGAACCACCUGAAAAGGGUUAUUGGUUGAAACUUGUUUUCUGACUGUUUUCAACCAAUUAAAUUCGCUCCGAGUGGUUUGUGAUUUCUGCAGAAACAGACCUAUUGAAUAGCAAUUUUGGUAUUUGGUGUUUCUUUAGAGUGAUAUUCGAAUUUUAAUUCUUUCAAAUUUAUAAUUAGUUUAUGAUAGAUAGUUGAUAUAGCAAAUACCUAAAAAAAAUUCUAUGCACCGAGAGUUUACCCCUAAGUUGUAGAACACCGCAUGGCUAUAAAUCAUGCAAAAUAUAAAGAGAGGACGGGCUCUACCUGAAAUUCUCAAAAUGUUUUGUGGUCAUGAAAUUUUGUGAAGAAAUAUAAUUUUUACAGAUAGGUAUUUACAUUUCGUAUUUAUUUAAAAUGCAAUAUAAUAUUCAUCUAAUGCUGAGUAUAGAUUAUUAUACUUUUAUUAUUAUUAUUAUUACAUAUUGUUUACAAGUAAAACAUUAUCUAACUUAACACAACAUUUUGUUUUGUUUGGAAAGCGCUGGAAUUUUGGUAUAAAUCUUGUUCAAAAACUUUGACAGGCCCUAUAUUAAUUCAGGUGCUGGUGUACCAUUUUUCAAAAUUACUUUGAAAUAUAAUUUUGUCAAGUAAUAUUUUUUUAUGGAGUAAAUUUUAAAUAGGCAACUACUCUAUAGACAUUGAUUUUUGACGUAGGUAACUCAAAAAUUUUAAAAUUAGUUUGAAAAAGGACUUUAUAGAACUAAAUGUAAAUUCGUUCACUUGGUCUUGUACCAAUGUCAGCCCUGUGUUUUACAACUUAUAGGGAACCUCUGGAUGCACAGACUAUAUUAUAUUUAUGUGUAUAAUCCCUAUGUGAUAAUCUUUUAUUAUUAAAAUUAUAUUUAAUCAAUAAAUGGUAGCUAUGUAUGUGUUUAUUAUGAAAUUCAAAAUAAACCUCUGGGCCAAAUUUGAA